GUCUGUGCCCUCAUCCUCGCAUGUCUCGUCGCAUACAUCAUCUUCUGGGUCUGCGCCCUCCUCGCGUGCCUAUUUGCAUACGACAACUUCUGGGUGUUCUUCUCUCGCCCUGCACACUCACACCCAAAUCCCACCCAUCCACACCUCUCCCCUUCAGGUGUCUGCGCCCUCCUCCUGGCGUGUCUAUUCGCGUAUGACAUCUUCUGGGUGUUCUUCUAUCUCCCACGCUCCUGUAUAAUCUUCACCCAUCUCCACCCAAUCACACCCAUCCCCUCCCAGGUGUGCGCCCUGCUCCUCGCCUGUCUAUUCUCGUACGACAUCUUCUGGGUGUUCUUCUCCCACCUACACACACAUAUAUGCAUUCCCUAUCCCCCACCUCUCACACCCCUCACCCCUCAGGUGUGCGCCCUGCUCCUGGCAUGUCUAUUCGCGUACGACAUCUUCUGGGUGUUCUUCUCCCACCGCUUCUUCGGAACCAACGUGAUGCUAUCAGUCGCCACGCAGCACGCCCACAACCCCGCCCACUCCGUCGCUCACUCCCUGCACCUGCCCUCUGCUGUAGCAAAGUCGAUCGUGAGGGAGAUUGAGCUGCCCGUGAAGCUGCUGUUCCCGAGGGACUUAUUUGGAGAGCUCAACAUCUUUAAAGGAGGAGGGAGAGCGCGGGAUUUCAUGGUCCUCGGCCUGGGCGAUAUGGUGAUCGCCACGCAGCACGCCCACAACCCCGCCCACUCCGUCGCUCACUCGCUGCACCUUCCCUCUGCUGUAGCAAAGUCGAUCGUGAGGGAGAUUGAGCUGCCCGUGAAGCUGCUGUUCCCACGGGAUCUGCCAUACCAGCAUGCUGCUGGCUCUUGUGCUGUGCGUGGAGCAGCACAAGAGACGGCACACUCUCAGCAGCAGCAGCACUCUCAGGACAUCUUGAGUCGACCUCUACUGGACUCUUCGCCUUCAGCGAGGGAGCGGGAGAAGGGGCAGCUGGGCUACAUGUGGGUGGCAGCGGUGGGGUAUGCCGUGGGGCUCGUGGCUGCUCUGGCUGCUGGCGUGCUCACCAGAUCACCCCAGCCUGCCUUGCUCUACCUGGUUCCUUCAACUCUCGGCCCCGUGUCGCUGGUGGCGUGGAGAAGAGGCGAGUUGGCAGAUCUGUGGGACGGCUCGCCUGGCCUCAUGCCGUUCGAUCGGGACAAGCUGGAAACGCUGGAUGUCUGA